AGAAUAGGGUAGAUAGAACCUUUGGAUUAGUUAGCAACUUCCAGGGCUCCCGUUCGGUCGUGUCGGAAACGAUUGUUUCUAUCGAAAAGCUGUCAACUAAAAAAUCAUUCAAAAUUCUGAGUUUCUGUUUAUCACCAACGUGGAAGUCUGGCUGUGACAUAACACACCGAAAAACGUGUCGUUCUUGGUCAGUAACAAAAUCAGCUAGCGAUCGGCUGCCACCGCGGACGGCAUAGUGCGGCCGCAAUUGGUUAAUUAGCUCCAGCGCUGCUUCAAACUAGCCAGAUCCGAUUGCAGCCAGAGAGUGUGUCUAGGAGAAGAAAACAGCUCAAUUACAAAAGCUAAAUCCGGCGUUAGUGGAAUCCAAAUUCGUAAGCAUCCCAAGACAAAAUCACUUUCCCAGUCGAGGGCAAGUCGAGAGGCAUAACGAAAAAGCGAAAACGGAAGAAAAUCGAUAUCGAACCUGAAGACGGAAGUAGGAGAGGGCGCGCACCAGAACGGCGGCAUCGGCGACAGAGCAGGCGAAAUUUCAAACCGCAGAAAGUGUUCCCCCAAAUGACUGAUCAGAACAAAGAUUCGGUCGGUCUAGAUCCGGAUGCUGGAAUAGCCAUCCAGAGUGUAAUACCGAAGCAGCGCCAGCAACUGCUCAAAUGGAACGGCUGGGGCUACAAAGACUCACGCUUCGAGUACACCGACGGCAUGCUGAUUUUCACCGGUAAUCGGUACCCGAUCGGAGGUUCUCUCUCACUACCGUACUUUAAAGAGUACGUCGAAAAAUAUCUUGGUGUGGACCUAACGGAUCGGCACGAAGGAAAUCCACUACCGCUGCACUUUCCGGAUCCCGUUCCAUGUCCACAGUUCACAACAAAACUUCACCAACACGGAAUCGAAUUUAGUCAGAAUGGUGUAGAUCGGCUCAUUCGGUGUCACGGGCAAACGCUACACGACAUGCACACGCUGCGAACGGGACAGUUCAAACGAAUCCCGGAUGUGGUCAUGUUCCCCACAAGUCACGCCCAGGUGAUACAGAUUGUUGAUGCAGCCAACGAGUGCAACGUGGUGGUGAUACCCUAUGGAGGUGGCACGUCCGUAUCCGGAGCAUCGACGUGUCCGGAAAAUGAGGAAAGACCGAUUGCCUUGCUCGACACUAGCCAGAUGAACAAGAUGCUGUGGAUUGAUAAGGAAAACUUGAUUGCCUGCUUUGAGGCUGGAAUAGUUGGACAGGAUUUGGAGAGAGAAGUUCGAAAACUGGGAUUUACCGUUGGACACGAACCUGAUAGUUACGAGUUUUCGACCUUGGGCGGUUGGGUUGCGACGAGAGCCUCCGGUAUGAAAAAGAACCUGUACGGAAACAUCGAAGAUAUUGUCGUGAAAGUCAAAAUGGUAACUGUACAAGGAGUGCUAGACAAGAACGUGACUACACCAAGGAUAUCGUGUGGCCCAGAUUUCAACCAUAUCGUCCUUGGAUCGGAAGGAACCCUGGGAGUUGUGACAGAAGUUGUUAUAAAGGUACGACCUUUACCUGAAGUAAAGAAAUACGGAUCCUUGGUAUUCCCAGACUUUGGAUCCGGGAUUAAAUGCCUCCGAGAGAUAGCCAAGCAACGCCUGCAACCCGCCAGUAUUCGACUGAUCGAUAACGAGCAAUUCGUUUUCGGUCAAGCACUCAAACCUUCAGGUGGUUACUUGUCCAACCUCACAGCCUAUAUGCAGAAAUCCUACAUUACCAAAAUCAAAGGCAUGAGCCUGGACAAAAUCGCGAUUGCCACCCUAGUGUUCGAAGGGAACGGCCGGGACAUCAAAGUGCACGAACGAAAAAUUCUAACCAUCGCUAGCAGUCAUGGGGGCUUUUCUGCUGGUAGCAUCAACGGCGAGAAAGGUUACAUUCUAACCUUCGUGAUCGCUUACAUCAGGGAUUUGGCUCUAGAGUACAACGUGGUUGCGGAAUCUUUUGAGACGUCCGUUCCGUGGAAUCGAUGCGAAACACUCUGUAGCAAUGUGAAAAAUCGGAUUAAAAAGGAAUGUGCCAAACAUAGCAUCAAACACUACCUCAUCUCGUGCCGGGUUACGCAAUCGUACGACGCCGGAGCGUGCGUGUACUUCUACUUCGGCUUCAACCACACCGGCUUCUCGAACCCGGUGCACAUCUACGAAACCAUCGAAACGUACGCCCGGGACGAGAUUCUCGCCUCCGGAGGAUCCAUCUCCCAUCAUCACGGCGUGGGGAAGAUCCGCGCCCGGUGGUACCCGCAGAGCGUAUCCCAGGUCGGGGUCAGCCUGUACCGGGCAACCAAGCAGCAGCUGGAUCCGAAGAACAUAUUCGCUGUGGGGAACUUUUUGCCGGACGCACGAGGCGAAGCUACUACUGACAGCAGCGAAAAUCAAAAGCUCAUCUCCAAGCUGUAGAUUUGCCUUAAGAUAUUACAAGUUUCCCUGCAAGGGGAUGGAUUUCUGUUAACAGUUUUAUUUAUGUUUAGAUUUUGAUGUGACUAGCAAUGACAUUCCAUUUACGUAGCAAAUUUUCGUUAACGAGUGGCUUAUAGUACUAUGUUGAAAUAAAUAAUUGUCGCCUUGUCCGAUUUA